GAGACUAGAACUAGGGGACGUAGCCUCAAGAUUCAGAGACUGGAACUAGGGGACGUAGCCUCAAGACUCAGAGACUAGAACUAGGGGACGUAGCCUCAAGAUUCAGAGACUAGAACUAGGGGACGUAGCCUCAAGAUUCAGAGACUAGAACUAGGGGACGUAGCCUCAAGAUUCAGAGACUAGAACUAGGGGACGUAGCCUCAAGAUUCAGAGACUAGAACUAGGGGACGUAGCCUCACGAUUCAGAGACUAGAACUAGGGGACGUAGCCUCAAGAUUCAGAGACUAGAACUAGGGGACGUAGCCUCACGAUUCAGAGACUAGAACUAGGGGACGUAGCCUCAAGAUUCAGAGACUAGAACUAGGGGACGUAGCCUCACGAUUCAGAGACUAGAACUAGGGGACGUAGCCUCAAGAUUCAGAGACUAGAACUAGGGGACGUAGCCUCAAGAUUCAGAGACUAGAACUAGGGGACGUAGCCUCAAGACUCAGAGACUAGAACUAGGGGACGUAGCCUCAAGAUUCAGAGACUAGAACUAGGGGACGUAGCCUCAAGAUUCAGAGACUAGAACUAGGGGACGUAGCCUCAAGACUCAGAGACUAGAACUAGGGGACGUAGCCUCAAGACUCAGAGACUAGAACUAGGGGGACAUAGCCUCAAGAUUCAGGGGAGUAGAUUUAGAAUGGAGAUGAGGAGGAACUGUUUUUUCCAGAGAGUGGUGAAUUUGUAGAAUUCUCUGCUGGUGAAACAGUGGAGGCUACCUCGGUAAAUAUAUUUAAGACAAGGUUGGAUAGAUUUUUGCAUAGUAGAGAAUUAAGGGUUAUGGGGGAAAAGACAGGUGGAGAUGAGUCCUUGGCCAGAUCAGUCAUGAUCUUAUUAAGUGACGGAGCAGGCUCGAUGGGCCACAUGGCCUACUCCUGCUCCCACUUCUUAUGUUCUUACGUACAACAGCUCCCAUUUUGGUUGAACCUAACCCGGACCUUCCCUUCAUCAUGGAGAUGGACACUUGAGCAUUGAAGUAGGUGCAGUGUUGUCUCAGCAGACACCUUUGGGCAGCAAAUUGCACCUGUGUGCAUUCUUUUCCAGGCGGUUAACCCCAGCGUGAGUUGGCGCGGAUAAGGCAUCGAACUAGUAACCUGAAGGUCACUGGUUCGAGCCUCAGCUGAGGCAGCGUGUUUGUGUCCUUGAGCAAGGCACUAAACAACACAUUGCUCUGCAACGACACUGGUUCCAAGCUGCAUGAGUCCUAGUGCCCUUCCCUUGGACAACAUCGGUGGUGUGGAGAGGGGAAGGCCUGCAGCUUGGGCAACUGCCGGUCUCCCAUACAACCCUGCCCAGGCCAGCGCCCUGGAAAAGCCUUCCAAGGUGCAAAUCCAUGGUGUCAUGAGACUGACGGAUGCCUAUUAUAACCCCAGCAGAGAUGAACGAUGACUUGGGAGCUUCUUGCAGUUAAAUUAGCUCUGGAGGAAUGGUAUCACUGGCUAGAAAGGGCCAAGAACCUUCUUAUAGUUUGAGCAGACCACAUGAAUCUGGGUUGUAUUCAGCCUGAAUUCCAGGCAGGCCAGGUGGUCUUUGCUCAUUAACCAUUUUAAUUUCAUCCUGACCUGGUGACCAGAGUCAAAGAACCAGAAGCCAGAUGCCUUGUCCCGUCAGUUUUGAGAAGAACAGCCAGCUACCAUUCUGCAUCAAGCCACGGUGGGGAAUUGAUGCUCUUGUUUGCAAGGCCCCAGCGCAAAGGGAAGAUUCCUAACAACGGUGCUCCAGGUCAGCUGGUCGUCUCAAGUUCUGUUCUGUUCCAAGUACUCCAGUGGACACAUUCCUUGAGAAUGGCCGCUCACCUAGGGAUUGCCAGCACCCUCGAGAUUAUCAAGUGGAGGUGGUGGUGGCCUGGAAGAAAGUUCGGCUAUAUGUACCCUUGCAUGGAAGGAGCCAUGUAGCUGACCUCAAGGGCUGGACAGACCAUGGACUCAAAUCUCCAUAGACUUGGAUAGUCUACCAACUGUGGCGGAGACAGCCAAAAUGGUCUUGCACCAGGUCUUUGGGAUUCAUGGAUUUCUGGUGGGCAUUUUGUCGGAUUGCAGUCUGCAAUUGGCAUCACAUUUCUGAGGAGUGUUUUGCAAACUGAUUGGGGCAACAGCGGGUCUUUCCUCCGGGUCUCACCUACAGCCCAACAGCCAGAUGGAGCAGGUGAACCAAGAUAUGGAACAUACCUUAAGAUGCCUGGCCUCUGAAAGACUGAACAAGUGGAGUGACCAUUUGAUGUGGACAGAGAUUGCCCACAACACAUUAUGCAUUCAGCGCAUGGGAUAUUCCUGUUCGAAUGCCAAUUUGGGUAUUCUUUGCCACACUUCGCUUGGCAGGAGGACGAGGUUGAGGGUUCCUGUGGCCAAAGAUCUCACCCGUCGCUGCAAGGAGAGAUAGACUAGGGCAAGGGAGAUUUUGCUAGCUUCUACUCUGAAGGCUGAAAUAAAUGCUAACCAUAAGAGACGAGGCUCCAGCUUUGCAGCCUGGGCAACAGGUCUGCCUGUCGACCCAGAAUUUACCUCUGAGUGGAGUCCAGGAAAUUAGAGCCCAAGUUCAUUGGACCCUCCAAGAUUUUCAGGAAAGUAAAUCUGGUGGCCUGCACCUUGCAGCUCCCCAAGGCCCUCAAGAUCAAUCUCACUUCCACGUUUCCAAGUUAAAGCCUGUGAACAUCAGCUUGUCAGCUCUGCCGCCACCCAGGUUUGUUGAUGGGGAACACCGUGAGAAGAAUUUUGGAUUCAGGAACUUUUCGGGGUGUUCAACAGUUCUUUGUGGAUUGGGAGGGAUUUGGACCCGAGGAACGUCUCGGAUCUGAUGCUCAUCCGUGCCUACGAUCAUCGUCUCCCCAGACAGCCAGGGCUGUCAGGAGUCGGCCAUAGGGGAGAGUCCUGUUAUGCCACACACCGAACUCCACCCACUUCUAGGUUUAGACGCUCUAACUCCUCGGUGUGCGGAUAGCUGGGACGGUCUCUUUAAAGAUUCAACGUUGUCCCGGUAAUUGGCAAUCAUGUUUUGGGCACCAAGAGGGGACUAUUUGAGGAGCACCUUAGCAGAAGUUCAGUGCUCAGUUGUCAGCCUUACUAGAGAUUUCAUCCAGUGUUACGUUUCAUGCACAAUUCUCGAUCCAGAUUGAAACUGUGUCUCGGUCCUGGCUUCAGGUAUUCCAGCAUUUGGGUCCAAACCAUCCUUGUAAAGGGCCCUCAUCACAGUAAUAAUGGAUCGAUCAUAAUAUAAUUUGUGGAAUUCUGAAUCUAAAACUACAUCAGGCUUAUAUAUAGCAAGGCAUGCUUUCUUUUGAGUUUGGAUUUUAAAGCAGGGUUUUGGUGAAUGACGUUUGCCACUUGAUUGUCCCUCUGUAAGUAAUCAGAUUGAGUUCAACUGCAACAGGAUCCUGUCGUGUGUUGAAUAGUUUCUGUUUUUUUCUUGUCGAUUCCUGCAUUUAUCAUCUUGAAUUUGUUGGUCUUUUAUUAAGUAUUUUUAAUAUUUUUCUUGUUAACUACCUGGUCCUGUAUUGCCACAGGGAACCCUUCUGUUUCUGGGAAGAGGUCUCUAACUCUGAGCCAGGCAAUUGACAAACCACAAAGGGCCAUAAAACAAGAGGGAACAGAAACAUGGAGAGGAGGUGGUAACCUGUGACCCCAACAUUCACAUCACUGGAGGGUGGGUAAUCAAGUCCAAAGGCAAUAAUGUGACGAGUGUGGCGACGUUCCAGUGUCCGGACUGGCAUUAUCCCUGGCCAAUGUCCACUUCGAAGUGUCUUCACAGUGGCAGAUGGAGAUCCUACAACGAAGGAAUGUUCAUCUGUAAAGCGUUAGAAUGUCCAGCUCCCGUACUCGAAGAUGGAAUUGUCUACCCCGGGAACUUGACCUUUGUACAUGGAGAGACUGUUUCAUUUGACUGUUACGAUGGGUACAUCCUGAAAGGUUCACAGAAGAGAACGUGCAUGAAGAAUGGUCGUUGGAAUGGGACCAAUGCUGUCUGUACUACAGGAUUGCAAGAAUGCUCUCAUCCGGGGAUUCCGGCAGGCGGCAGGAAAGCUGGAACGAGAUACAACAUUGGAGACAAGGUCCAGUACGAUUGCAACAGCGGGCUGGUGUUGGUGGGAUCGACCGUUAGGGAGUGCCUGGAAUCGGGCGACUGGAGUGGCAUGGCGCCCAUGUGUUUGCACCCGAACUCCUUCGACACGCCUGAAGAAGUAGCAGAAUCUUUCUCAGCCUCACUGACCAGCACUCUGGGCAUAAGCCGCAGUGACCCCUCGAAGUCUUCAGACCGCUCCACAGCCCGCAAACUGACUAUCAGCAAAGACGCACACCUCCAUGUCUACUUCAUGAUCGAUGCGUCACGGAGCGUGGAGGAAACAAACUUCAAGUUGGCCAUGGACAUGGUGGAGAAUCUUAUCGAGAAGAUCUCCAGCUUUGACGUAAGACCGCGGUUUGGGGUGGUGACCUAUGCAUCCAAUCCCAUAAGGGUGGUGAAUCUGAACGAAAGAGAGCGGUCCGGAUCCGAAGACGUCCUCCAAAUUCUGAAAACUGAAGAAUCUGCCAAGUAUGCAGCUCACAAGGACCAGAGAGGGACCAACAUCCACGCGGCACUGAUUAAAGUUUAUGAAAUGAUGCUGUUCUCAAAGCAACAGUUUAAAGACACGUGGAAGGACAUUAGAUUUGCCACAAUUUUAUUCACUGACGGAAGGAAGAACAUGGGCCCAGAACCACAUCUCGCUGCAGAGAAAAUCAAGAAGUUUGUGGAAGACCAAGGGAAGUCAGAGGAUUACCUGGACAUGUAUGCGUUUGGCAUCUCUGACCAAGUGGAUAUGGUGGAACUGAGUAAACUCGCAUCAAAGAAAAGCGGCGAGAGGCACAGCUUCAACGUGAAGAACAUCAGCGUUUUGGUGCAGUCCUUUGACGAGAUAUUAGAUUUUACUACACUCGGUAAUCUGUGCGGAGUGGCAGAUGAGAACCCCCAGGCCACCUUUCGGAAGAGGCACCCGUGGCACGUUAACAUAGAGAUCCCGCAAAUAGACAUUCAGGACAAUUCACCGCACUCUGCCACGUGCAGUGGUUCCAUCGUGGCUCCCAAAUGGAUCCUGACUGCAGCGCACUGCUUUAUCAAGAUUGAGUCCCGGAUGAGCACUCAGAGGAUCCAAGUCGUUUUUGGUGAAAACCAAUUGGCCAGAGUGAGCGAAUUGCACGUUCACCCACAGUUUUCAAUCGCAGCCAAAGUAAACAAGAGCAUCUCGCAAUUCUACGAUUAUGAUGUUGCCUUGAUUGAACUGGACAAGCCUUUAACCUAUUCACCGGAUGUCAGGUCCAUCUGCUUGCCGUGCACACCAGAGACAACUCGCGCCUUGCGCAAGCCUCACCCCAAGACCAAGUGCAUUGAUCACGAGAGGCUACUCCUGCCCACUGACAAGCAAGUUCAUGCUAGCUUUGUGAAGCGGAACCGAGCAUCGACCAGGAAAGAGACACAAGGACAUGUGACAAUCAAAACUAUCGAAGGGCCGCGGCUAGCUUGUGAGAGGAAAGCGCUGGAGUCUCCGGAAUAUCGGCAUGUGAAAGAUGUGAGGGAAGUGGUCACCGACAGAUUCCUCUGCACAGGGGGAAGUGACCCCACUCUGGAGGACAACACAUGCUAUGGUGACUCCGGAGGGUCGCUGUUCAUCAACAUGAAGAGACGGUUCAUCCAGGCAGGUGUGGUGAGCUGGGGAUCGAUAAACGUGUGUACAGACUUCCAUCAUGACAGGAACAAUGCCCGCGAUUUCCACAUCAACCUGUUAAAGGUGCAGCCGUGGCUCAGGCAGAUGCUUCACGAGAGCCUGGUCUUUAUCGAUUAGGAGGAGGAAUGCAAUAAACCCCUACUCACCAAUCGACUCCUCUUUCAUUGUUUCACCCAACUCUGCCCAUGAUCUCCCUUUCUCGCUGAUGAAAGACACAACAUCAUGAAGCAGGCCAUUUGGCCCAUCUACUCUGUACCAAACUAUUAAUCUGCCUUGUCCCAUCGACCAGCACCUGGACUGUAUCCCUUCAUACCCCUCCCAUUCAUGUACCAAGUUGUUCUUCAAUGUUGAAAUUGAACCCACAUCUAUCUGUGCUGGUAGCUCAUUCCACACUCCCAGCAUCCUCUGAGUGAAAAGCUUCCCCUUCAUGUUCCCAUGAAAUAUUUUACCUUUCACCCUCAACCCUUGACUUUUAGUUCUAUUCUUGCCCAACCCCAGGGGAAAAGCCUGCUUGUAAUCCCCCUUGCUAUUAUACACUUACCCCACUUGUAAUUUUGUUAUCCGAAGGAGCCCUUCAGCCUCCUCAGAAUCUAAAUCUGAAUGUGAACCAUAACGAGAAUCAAUUUUAGAUCACUGACAUGUAUCUUCCAACGGAGGUUUAUGUAGGAGCAAAAAGUUAGGUUGAUCUUAGGGUGGGUGUAAAGGUCGGGCCGACUUUGUUCUACGAUCUAUGAAAUUUUUGGUUUUCCAGAUGCACUACAGUAUAAUCAUGAAAAAUUCUGUAAGUUACAACAAUAAUUAUUUAAAAUAAAUAUUUCUUAAAAUAAAUAAUGCACAGAGAGAAAGAG